AUGGUAACUACACAAGAAACAUCAGUUGUCAUCGUCGGCGGCAGCCUCGUCGGCCUCUCAACCGCCCUCUUCCUCUCCCAUCUCAACGUGCCCACCAUCCUCAUAGAGCGCCACCCCGGCAGUUCCCUUCACCCUCGUGCCAUCGGCUACACUGCCCGCACAAUUGAACUCUUCCGUACCGUUGGCGUAGAGUCGAAACUCAAAGGAAUCCAAUGGUCAGGCGGCCCACCUCGCCGUAUCGUUGUUGAGAGUCUUGCCGGCAAGUGGACGAAGGAGCAAGGCUGGACACAGAAACCUAAAGGUGGACCUCCUGUCUCGUUUGCGGAAUACUCUCCUACAGAAGGUGUUGCUAUUGCUCAAGAUGUCAUUGAACCUGUUUUGAGAGAUCGGGCGAGGGAGCUUGGUGCGGAUCUUAGACUGGGUUUUACUGUUACGGGCUGGAGUCAAGAUAAUCAAGGCGUUACAGUCAAUGCCACUUCGAAUGACGGCGAAGAAAUUCAUGUCAAGGCAAGUUACAUGGUCGCAUGCGAUGGCAACCGCAGCCGUAUUCGAGAAAGUCUCGGCAUCCAGCGCCAUGGCGUUGGUCUUCUUCGGAAGCUCCAGAGCAUCAUGUUCAGAUGCGAGCCUCUACAGCAUUUCCUCGACCACGGCUACAGUCAAUUCCAGAUCGAAGGUCGCGAAGAUGGUUUCGAGGCUUUCAUGACCACUUAUGGCGGUGGGCGAUGGAUGUUGGCUUGGAACGAAGAUGUCGACGAUCCUGAAGCUGUUCUAGAUGACGCCACCCAGCGCGACAUGAUCCGCAAGGCUUCUGGUGUACAGGAUCUCCGUGACGAGGACAUCCAACUCAUCACCACUGGAAAAUGGGACAUUGGUGGUCUCAUCGCGGAUAAGUUCUCUUCUGGUCGCGUCUUCCUGGCUGGCGAUGCAGCUCAUGCCCUACCUCCGAAUCGCGGCGGCUAUGGAGCAAACACUGGUAUAGCCGAUGCACAUAACCUUGCUUGGAAGCUUGCAUCUGUACUUUGUGGUGAAUCAUCGCCAGAACUUCUUGAUACAUACGACGUUGAGAGAAGACCUGUCGCAGACGUCCGACAUGACCAGAUCUUUGCGAGGGAGGACUACAAGCGAUACGUCGUCAACAAGGAAUGGCCUGGAAAGAAUGUUGAGAUAAUGGAUGAUGUGGCGAUGGAAUUCGGGUAUUUUUAUAACUCAAAGGCCAUCGUCGGUGGUCCAGAUGGAUCAGCUCCCGUAAAGAGGCCAAAUGAGUGGAAUGGACAGCCAGGCACCAGAGCACCGCACGUUGCACUCAAAGGUGAUAAUGGCUCAACUCUAGACUGUUUCGGUACAACAUGGGUUAGUAUAUCAAAAGAGAAGAGAUGGAGCCAGCUCGUGGCAGAGGCAUAUAAAACGACAGGCGUAAAGAUUGUGUUUGUGCACGUUGGAGGUGACGUUACCGAAAAGAAUAAGGGCGACUUCAACAGGCUUUAUGGGGUGGAUGAUAGCGGCUGUUCGUUGAUUCGGCCAGAUGGCUUCGUUGCUUGGAGAGCACCGAUAUGGUCGGCUGAAGCACAGAAGGAUUUCAUGCAGGCGUUGGGUCAGGUCUCCCUCUCGUCGAAGCAUACAGAUGAGUUGCGGUGA